AUGAUUUGGGCCGCGAGUGAUCUGGCAAGCAGCAGUGCCCCCCGCCACGGGGUUCAGCUCCCCCUUUCUUUUUGGGUCGCGAGUUGGCCGCGGCCGCCCGGCGUCGCCGGCGGCCGGUUCUAUUUUCCCUCGUCUUUGCGGUGCCUCCGGGCCAGGGCGGCGGCGGGCAGGUCCAUGGUCGCGCGGCUGGUGCCGCGGGGGGCCGACCCCUUCAGCUCGCAAAGCGCGCCCCGCCCCGCCCGGGGCGACGACGUUGUGCCGCUCCUUGUGGUGCCUCCAGUCCUCCCGCCCCCCCCCCCCCCCCGCAGUUUACUUGUUGGUGCCCGCAGGAAGAGGGUUUGUGUUCGAGGGUCCUCCAGCGGAGCUCCCCCUCGACGCCCUCGCGUUUCAGAAGGGUGCUCGCAAGCAGCAGCCUGGCCGACGUUGCAUGCGAAGGCCGUCGAGCACCUCCGCGCGACGCCCUGUCUCCAGUGGCCCUGGUGGAGGCACUCAGGCAGGAAUAAUGACUGUCUGCAGUAUUCAACUUUCACCAGCUGGCUUCCUCUUGUUUAG